UUCAUACUCCUCUGAAUUACUUAAAAGCCUAAAGCCAGUAAGUAGUAGUAUUCGCCAUGUCUUUUAGGUUCCGCUCAACUUUCAGCUUUUCUUGACUUGGGAAAUACUCCAGACAUUGUAAGGACUUUAAUGCCCCACCCACAGGCAUGGCAGUCAAGGUGCAAUUCGAGAUUGGCCACACGUCGAGGCUGCGCAGCAAGAAGUUACCGCAUCCGCAGGACUUCACCCACGACUGGGAGAUCUACGUGAAGGGCGUGAACCAGGCGGACAUUAGCAACUUUGUGGACAAAGUGGUCUUUCACCUGCUUCCUUCAUUUCCUAAGCCCAAGCGCGUGGUCAAGGAACCGCCGUAUGCCAUACAAGAGUACGGUUAUGCCGGCUUCCUGCUGCCAGUUGAGAUAUUUUUCCGCACCAGAGACGAACCGAAACGCAUCAUGUACCAGUACGAACUGUUGCUGCCGUGCUUAGGUCCGCCGCAGCACUACGUAGAGGUAAAGACUCACAUCUUCGAAGCCCCGUCGGAAGGGUUUCGUGCUAAGCUGAUGUGCGGCGGCGGAGUUCCUGUGUUUGGGCCCAACAUCGGUGCCAGCAGUAUCAGUCGAACGCUGUCGCCCAGCGCUGGAAGCGUUGGAGAGCCGGCGCCCAACAACAAGAUAGGCGUUGUAAAAGCAAAAGGCCGUGCCGGCACCGUCUCCAUGAACGUGGAUCCGGGAGAGGACAAGAUGCAAAAGUCGCGCGCAGUGGAUCCCGGCAAAAGCAAUGCAAGGGUGGCUCCCACGAUGGUAACGAGAAGUCUAGCAAGGAACGCGACAAAACAAGCAGCGGAGGGAAGUCGCGGGAAAAGGACAAGAAGGAUCGCCAUGGACGUGACAAGUACCGGAAAUCUAACAAGUCCGGAGAAGGCAAACACGAGCGGGACAAGGAUAAGUCGAAGAAGGACAAGACACGCGAUAAGGAGCGUGAACGUUAGCAAAGCUCAGGCAGCGCGUCAGCCCCUGGAGCCCUUGCGACGGAAACCACUAGUCUCCCCGCGAUAGCUGCAGCUGAGGCUCAAAAGCCUAAUGGUCUUAACGAUUUCUUAAACGUUUUAUAAAUAAUAACUAUUUACAUAAAUAAUAAAAAAAAUAU